AUGGCGCGCCCCGGCAGCCGCCGCGCCUGCCGCCCGCCGCCUCCGGCCAGCCCUGAGCCGCGGGCGGCAGCAGCCACUCCCCCGCGGCCCGGUUCCGCGUCCCGCCGCCGCGCCCGCAGGGUCCGCGUCCAGAGCCCCUCUCGCGGCCGUCCGCCGGGGUCCCGCCCCGCCGCCGCCGGCACACCUCCUCCGACACCCCUGCGGGUCCGGUGGCCCCUGGGCACGGGCGCUCGCUCUGCCUCCUGUCCCGGUGCGGGCGCUGCUGCCCUAUCGGUGAGGGAGAUCGCCGCGGCGCUGUGGCGAAUGCAGCCGCCGCAGGCGCCGCCGCCGCCUGGGCCUGGGACGGCGCGACGUAGUAGGGCUCAGUCCAGUUCAAAGCGCCCACACACGCCUUCUGACCAUUAUUAUGAGAAGGAGAGGAAGGCACGGGUGCUCAUGGAAGAGGUUUGUGAUGAAUUAGCUAAGGAGAUCGCAGAAGACAAAGCUGAGGUUGAGGCUAUGAGAAGUGAAUCGAUGAAGAUCAGAGAUGAAUUGGAGGAAGAGAAGAAGAUGCUCCAGAUGGCUGAGGUUUGGCGUGAAGAGAGGGCCCAAGAGUCGUGGCAUCAAGAGCCCAUACAGCUAGUCCUGAAACAGACAUGUUCUUGGAGAAUCAGCCAAGCAGAUAUUGCAAUCAGCCUCGCAAUCUUAAAUGAGGCGGCAGAAGAUGAUAGUGGAUGGGAAACUGCACAUAGUGAGAUCAGUGAAGUUUGCUCAACAACAGCAGGUAGGUCGAGGAAUAAAAGAUCAUUCGUCGGACUAUGGAGAUCAUCAAACACUGUCGACCAAAAGAAAAUGGGAUCCAAUACACUCAAUGGUAGAUCAUCAAAUGCCAGGAUGUCAAAUGUCACUGAAUCUCCUGACCUGAAGAACAGUGAAGUGUGUGACAGUCCGCACAUCACAGCGCAAUGGAGGCCAGACCUGCUAAACCCGGACAUUGUUCGAAAGCUAUAA